CGGAGCCAAAAACGACGAAAAGGUCGAAUCAACCGAGAGCGAGACAACAACCACACAAAAAAAUGAAUCGGCGUGACUAUUCGUGUGCUAGCGAUAGUAUGGCCGUGUUGGUGUGAGGAAAAGGGAAGGAGAAAAGAGAGCAAAUGUGCCAAAUCGCUAUGUCAUUUCUUCGUUAUGACAACAUUUCGUUAUUUCAUUAUUAUUAUAUAUCACGAAAGAAAACAAACAUAAUAUGUGAGGCGUCGUCGUCGUUUGUGAAUAAUAUUUAAGGAGAUUCCGCGAAAGACCGACUAUUCAGUAAAGUGAAAUAAGUCAGGGUGCUCGUAUCAUCAUAUUUUCGCGAACUCUUUUCCCUCACAAAUUUUCAAACAGCUCGUGCAUUACAAGUCGAAUGAAAUAAAGUUAAUAAAGUUAUAUCAUAUCACAAGGAACACGGGGAUUAGAAGUAGUUGUUUGUGAACGACGGAAUAAGACGAAGAAAAAUAUCGGGAAAAAAAGAAGCAAAAACAAAUUUGGUUUUGGCUUGAAAUAUUUCUUGGAUAAAGUGUCAUAAGAGAAACGACAACGUACGAGAAAUAGAGACGGCGUGAUGGUGGCUGACAGUAUAAUGCAAUCACGUUUUGACGGUAUAUCAGGCGGUGAUGGAAUGGUGCGUGAUGGCGGUGUGGAUCAAUAUGCGGACGGGCGAGCUGCCAGCGUUUGGGAGGUGUUCAUCGGUGAUAAAAGUUCUCGCACGGACAACUAUAAGAAUUUCUUGUUGGAAUUAUUGCGAAGCAAAGGCAGCCGUCGAAUACUUGAUGUGGCCUGUGGCACUGGAAUCGAUUCGGCAAUGUUGGUGGAGGAGGGUUUUGAUGUGGUUUCGGUCGAUGCAUCCGAUAAGAUGCUCAAGUAUGCACUGAAAGAGCGCUGGAAUCGUCGCAAAGAGCCCGGCUUUGAUAAUUGGAUAAUCGAGGAAGCCAAUUGGCUCACACUGUACGACGAUAUUGAACAUUUAAUUGGUGAUGGUUUCGAUGCGGUCAUCUGUUUGGGCAAUUCAUUUGCACACAUGCUUGACAAUUACGGUGAUCAACGCGAACAAAAGUUGGCCAUUGCAAAUUUCGAGCGAUGCGUUCGACCUGGUGGCCUUUUGUUGAUCGAUCAUCGAAAUUAUGAUAAUAUCAUGGAUACCGGAUCAACGCCAGCUAAAAGCAUUUAUUAUAACAGCGAGCACAUGACAGAUAUAAAAACGUCUGUUCUCUAUGUUGGCGGCAAACCCGCGUUAAUUACUUUAGAUUAUAUCAUUAAUAUGAACAAUGAAAAUAAUGAGUUUCGGUUAUCAUACUAUCCGCACAAGCUAAAUGUUUUUAGCCAAAUGCUACGACAUAGCUUUGGGACCCGAAUGCGCCACCAAAUUUGCGGUGACUUCAAACAGCUCAAUGAGAAUUCCAAUCCAGCCUUUUACAUUCAUAUCGUUGAGAAGUUUUAAUGAGGGGUUGAGUCGAUGCUGCUGCUGUUGCUGUUGCCUCGGAUGCCGGCGGCGCAAAAGGAGAUUGAGUUGUUAUCUAACAAAUUUAAUCAAACCUCAACGCAUUUCUUAAUGUCUCUUUUUGGCUUUCGAAAAAAGGAAGAAACGUUUCAUUUAAUCGUUUCGAGCUGGACACUAAUUUAUAUUUUUUACGGUUUUUUACUGAUAUUAGUUUUGUAAAAUAGAGAUUAUUGCGUAUUUUAUUAGAAGAGAUUAAUUACGGUUAUUUUAACCGUAGCAGAUAAGAUGUUUAAUAAAUUAAAAUAAAUACAGAAAUCAAGAGCAAAA